UGCAGAUAAAACCAGAGAUUAUCAACACAUUAAGUUUGCUUUUAAAUAAAAAUAUAUAUAUAUAUUGCUGGCAACCUUCUAUUUUUUAUUUUGAGAUUUGCAUCCUGUCUUUACAAAAUUUGUAAAGAAACCUGAAACUAAUUUCUCACUUAGAAAAGUGUUACAAUGGAACAGUUUAAUGCAAAAGGAUACAUCUGUUCAAAAGAAGAUCAGAUCUUACGGUCACCACAAAGAUGCUAAUGGUUUCUCUCCAGUCAAAUGUUGCCUUCAGAAAUGUUCUUCAGGUAUUCACGCACAGGCAGACCAUAGCUGGGGAAACCAGGACAGAGGAAGAAUAAACCUACAAUGGUGGAACGUACAGAUAAAACAUCUGCAACCCACAGACCUCUAUUUGGGGAAAUGUCACCCAAGGAACGAAUCGUUAACUGGAUUUUUGCUGGUGUUACACUGCUGAUGGUUAUUGUGACAGUUAUUAGUGCUAUGGUCUUCCCCCAAAUACCACCAAGGCCUGUGAAUAUUUUCUUUGCCAUCUGUAUCAUCAUGAUUUGUAUCUCAGUGAUUAUACUCAUAUUUUGGUAUCGUCAAGGAAACUUGGAACCAAAAUUCCGGAUUUUGAUUUAUUACAUUCUUAUUUCAAUUAUAAAUCUGUGUGUUUGUGCCAAUUUAUAUAUUCAUGAGGUGGGAAAAUGAUGGGAAGCUCAA